UGUAAAAGAAGAGAAAAUCAAUUGUGAUAUUGUUCAUCUUUUCUUCAAACAGUAAUUGACCUUUCAACCUAAUCACAAUUAAGAUCAACAAUGAGAAACCGAAUCACAAUUGUUACUCUAAUUGUUUACUCUCUAUCAUGUUUUCCUAUUUGUUGGUCUAUUGGGUUGAUUAAGAUUUGGAAUCUUGAUUCUAAUCGUGAUGAAAGUAAUCAAUGGCUUUGGAAUGGUAAAUUGUGUCCAAAGGAUAGGAUCAUCUAUCCUGACCAGUCAAUCAUUUAUGUUGACAAAUUGCUUCCAAAUCAACAAAUUGUUUUACCUAAUAACGGAGAGAUCAUUCUAGAUGAUAACUUUGAUCUGUCUCAAGUUGAUGAUACAAUUAUAUCUAAUUGUCAACCUGUUGACCGGAGGUUUAAUUUAGUUUACGGAGACUGGAUGGAUCCCAAUCGAUGGAAUCAAUCAGUGGCAGGAACUUUAAUUAAUGGAGCCUGGAUUAAUAAUCCAAUUCCUCAUGUUGACCGAGUUCCAUGUGAUCAAGAUCGAGUUGUAUUUCCAAAAGGAUCGACAUUCCAAGUCACCGUUAGUUCAAUCUUACCUAAUUUAUUUGUUGGAUCAAUAGAGAUUAACGGAAUCCCAUUAGAUAAUCAAGAAUUUCAAUCAUUUGUUAAAUCGAAAACAGGUCGCUACCUAUUUGAUAUACCGUUUGAUCAAAGUUUAACCAUUGGCACUAAUCAGAUUGAUUGUAACACUGGUAAUGGUUGUUCUUGUUCACAUCGAAGUACAAAAUUCGUUAAUUGGAUGUGCAAAAGAGUUAAAUGUAAACCAGUAACUUGUAAAAAUCCAAUACAACCUGAUGGUCACUGUUGUCCAUUGUGUGGAGCUUUGAUUACAUUGGGUGAGAUUCCUAAUGAUUCUGAUCUAACCAAGAUUCACAAUUAUCUCAACAAAGUUUGGCUAAAACGAUAUCCAGGAACUUUGGGAUAUUCGUCAAGAAAUCCAGCAACCAAUUCACUCGAAACGAUUAUCACAGAAUUAGAAUUGACUGGUCAGUUGGCCGAUCGAGCGCAAUCUUUAUUCAAUGAACUAAUUAACCACGAAUUUGAUCCUGGAUUCCCUUUUAAAUCUAUUUCAAUUCGUAUUUCUGAUUUCGUCGGUAACAAAUCAUCAUCAUCAUCUGUAACUAGUGUGAUUAUAAUCAUUGUAAUAAUUAUCUUGAUUGUAAUUGGAUUAACUUUAUAUCGACGUCAUUUUGGUGAUACAUUUACAUCUCUCUGGGAACGAUCAGCUUUCGCUAAUUCACAAUUUACCUUCAUUCGAUUCCAGGGAUUAGAUGAAUCAGAAAGAGUUGGCUUGGAAUUAGGAUUAGCUAAUCAGCCUCGAACAUCAUCCGAGGAAAUGACAAUACAAACAAAAGCAUCUUCAUCAACUCGAUCAUCUCUUCAAAAAUCAACUUCAGCUCUUUUUUCAAUAACCGAGGAAAAAGUUCCAACAGCUGAUGAAUCAAUUAACGAAACUUCAAUCGAAGCGACAAUAACAACAAUUGAAACAAAAUCCAUUGAUUCAGUUGAAUUGGAAACUGAUUUAGAACCAAGAUCAACCCAUGAUAAAGCCUUACUACUUGAUGUUAUUUCACUUGAACAAGAUUAGAUUAAUUUCCUUAAUUUUUAAUCAACUUGAAUUGUCUAUUUUUGAAACUCACAUCAACUAAUAAUUGACAAUAAUUAUAGUAUCACUUAAGUCUUCCUCCCACCGAUUUAACCAGCAACCUGUUGAUUAGUUAAUUAACCUAUAAAAUGAAAAUGGAAACAAAAUCAAUCUGAUUAAUUGAAAUGAUUUAACUCAUUUUGUUAUAACCUGAUUUAACCCUUACAUGUGAAAUCCAUUGAUUAAAUGGAUUGACCAAAAUAAAUGGCAACAAAAUUGAUUAAUCAUUUUUUUUUAAUUCAAUUGAUUGAAACCAAUUAAUUAAAAAAUUUGAGCCAAUUGACAAAUUUCCUAUGAAUUAAUUGUUGAUAAAAAUGUGAGAUGACUUAUUAAUUGCUAUCAAAUGAAACCUUAACUAAACCAAUUUACAUCAUGAAAUUUUUUUUUCUAUCCUCUAAUUAUUGUAAUGAAGAUGAUGUUGAUUAACUAACUGUCGUUGAUUGUAAUUGUUUAACUCAAAAUGAAUAAUUUAAUUCAUUUAUCAGUCUUCAUUAAGAUCCACCAAUUUUUCGUGUAUAUAAAUUGAUGAUCAGAAGAGUCUUCAAAUCAGAUUAAUAGGAAAGUUGAUCAAUUGAGAUUCUCAUUUGAUUGUCCAAUCAAAUUAACUUUUUUUCCUCAGUGUUGAUUAAAGUGUUUAGAUUUAAUUAUCAACAGUUAACAAUCAAUAUGCAAAGAAACGUUUCAUUAAUUCUGUUUGUUGUUUGGUUACUUGGAGCAAUUACUUUGGUUAAUUCAAGACCUUAUGAAAACGAUGCAAGGAUAAUCCAGUUACCAAUUGAUUGGCCUUCCAAUCAAAUUCAAAGUAAAGGCGAUCCUAUUUGGCAAUAUUAUCCAUCUAAACAAAAUCAAUUGUUUGGUUACGACGGAUUCCCGAUGGUCAGUGGGGAGAAAUCAAAGAAAAAUAAGAUUGACCCUUUAAAUGGUUUGGUGAUGGGGUAACAAUUCAAAUCACUUUGGGUGUGGGCAAGGUAAUAGUUGACAAUUAAAGUAGAAAAUAAUUAGUUAAUUGUUGUUUGAGAGACAAACAAAAGUUAUAUUAUUGUUGUUGUAUAUCAAGAGCAUAAGGAUCAACCUUGAUUAACUUAAUUAUCACCAAGAUAACAUGAAAUUAACUUGAUUACAACAAAUGAUUAUUGUUAAACCUUUUUAUUACCCUUGAUAAUUUAACUUUAAUCCUUAACUAUUAUAAUAUUUUGAUUAUUAUUGAAUUAAUUGAAUUGCGAUACAAUUAAAUUCACAUUAACAUCUUAUCAUGAAA